AAAAAAAAAAAAAAAAUAAAGAAAAAUAUUUGGGGCCCGUUUUUCUUUGAUAAUGAAAAAAAUUUAGGAAUAUCCAUUACCAUUUUCCACCAAAUGAAAACCCCAAAUUUGUCCUGAAAAAAACGCAGUAUAAUUCACCUGGAUGUACAAAGUAGUUCUGAUGAUAUGUACGGUUUUACUAAACACAUGUCAACAUUGCAAAAUUGUGCUUAGGCAUUUAGAUUUUGUUUACCCUUAGGUGUGAAGGGUUAA